AUGCCACGAGCGGGCCAGAAAAAAGUUGAUCGAGAUGAUACAUUCAAACCCAGUAAAGAAGCCGAAGAAGACAUCGCGGACGUCGAUGUCGAAAUUCUAAAACCCACAAAAGCAACUCUCAAAUCAUCCAAAAUCACCAAAGCACCCCCAAAAGGAGGGAUUUCCAAACCCCAACCCCAAAAGAGCACUCCAAAAAGCACUCCCAAAGGAACCCCCAAACACACGCCCUGUUCUACCCCCAAGCCCCCCUCCGCAGGCGCUUACCAAAAACCCUCUCCCCCACCCAACACGCGCACCGCGGCACCCUCCUCCACAACAAUCAUCUCUCCCUUACCUAGCGAACCCUAUUUCUGCUGUCGGAAACCCCUUCCCCUCUCCUCCUCUUUCCCCCCCGAUCUCCAACGCUUCUACACUUUCCUCGUCGACUCCCUCGCUACCCUCUAUUUCCCUCCUUCUGUGGCUAAACUCCCAGCAUGCACUACCUAUUACCGCUUCUCUCAUCUCUCUUUAACAACUUGCACAGAAGUGCAUCGAUACUUCCUCGCGUACGAGCCGCGCGAUGAGACGGAAGGGAUUUUUGCUGAGGGGAGUGAGGUGGAUGUUUUAAGUAAGGCGGGGGCGUUGGAUGAUGAGGACGGAGUGGAGAGGAAACAGGAUGUGAUGAUUUUGAGUCGGAAUGCGAGAUGUGAGGAGCAUAUGAAAGAGGGGUAUUGGUAUGUGUUGAUGAAGGUGGAACAGGUGGUGGAGAAGGAGGUGAAGAAUAUGAAUGUGGGGUUUGUGGGGAUGGAUAAGCAGAUGGAGGGGCAGGGGGAGGAGAUGGAUCAUGAGAUUGAUUUGGAUUUGUAUACGUAG